AUGGGAACCCCGCCAAACAUGACAGCGCUGGUCGUCCGCGUGACAGAUGGCCAACACCCAAAGCUGUCCAAAGAAGAGAUCCCCCGACCCUCUCCAGCCUCGAAUCAAGUGCUGGUAAAGUUGUCGCAUGCCGCACAAAACCCGACCGAUGUGCAAUCCUUCGACAGUAACGCCUUUGGUGAUGGAGCUGUUCUGGGAUGCGACUUUGUCGGUGAGGUUAUUGAGCUAGGUAGCGAUGUUGCGCGUCUAUCCAAAGGUGAUAUCGUUGCUGGCUUGGUCUGGGGAGGAGAGGUGAAAGGCCUCGGCGCAUACAGCCAGUACUGCCUAGCAGACGAGCGAAUCUCAUUCAAACUACCAACCAACAUCGACAUCUCGCGCGCAGAAGCCAGCACUAUUCCUCUCGCCGCAGCUACAGCCUGGCUAGCUCUAUUUUCCAAAGGCUGCCUUGCGCUCAACCGCAACCAGGCUAAGGGGACUAGAGUUCUGGUGUGGGGUGGUAGCUCAAGCGUCGGCUUAUACACCAUCCAACUCGCCUCUCUCUGCGGCUUCGAAGUAGUGACGACAUGCAGCCCAAAGCACUUCAACCUGGUAUGCGCCUCUGGCGCCAAGUAUGCCUUUGACUACAAAGACAAGGAUGUUGCUGAACAGAUCCGGGGACUGGCGCCGGGUCUACGCCAUGUCUUCGACACUAUCGGCAACGCGACUUCGUCUGCUACUGCUUCACGCGCACUUCAUCCCGGGCUUGGGAAUCUCUGCACUGUGCGUCCUGGAAAGGCUAAUACGAAGAAUGUUGUCCCGGGCACGCGCGUCACGGAUGUGUUGGUUUGGACUGCUUUCCUCAAAGAUCACAGCUAUGGAGAGUUUAAGUGGCCUGCCUCGAAGGAUGACCACGAGCUCACCAGCGAGUUGUUCGAAAAGCUACCCGGAUGGUUGGAGGAAGGCAGCUUGAAACCAAAUACGCCGAAAUUACUCAAAGGAUUAGAUGCGGUGGCGGACGGAUUUCAAGAGUACAGAGAUGGGCAGAUCUCAGCGUACAAGAUAGUUUACGAGCUUUGA